AUGGAAGAAAAAGCUCACACCAGGGCGUCUUUGGUUUCCAGGUUACCCAAAUAUGGAACAAAGCCUGCUGGAAGUACCGCCCAGCCUGUUCCAAAUGGGACGGCACCUCACCUUUCAGGGAAUACACAGAUCAUUGACAAAAAUUUCAGCAAGCACAAUGGCACCGCUCGCCUGUCUUCCUUUGCUUUUAACUGGAGAAAGUCUAACAAAUUCCCUCUGGGAAGUCGGAUCGGUAAUGAAUAUAACUCCAGUCAGGAUCCCAGGGAACGAGUGACCGGGUCGGAAAAACGUCCUCCGUCUGAAGGAUCAGUUAGUCAGGAAGUACUCAGGACCGCUUCAAAGACCCCUUUUUCCAAAACAGCGAAACAAGACAACAUGUUGGUAUCCCCUGCAGAAGAAUUCCGUCAGAAAUGUUUGCCCGGUCUGUCUAAUUCGAAGUAUGUCAAAAGUUCUUUGUUAAGCAGGACUCCCUACUCUGGAUUUAACGCACCAAAGCCGCAGUUGAAUGGGGUUUGUGGGAACCAAUCGGUGACAGGCUUGCAGAGGAUUAGAGGGAAUCAUUUGGUCCCUCGGAGUAGCUCAGGGGAGAGCCUGGGGAGAUCCACAGACAAUGUCCCACCCUCUUGUGAAAAAAUGGUCCGGUCGCAAAGCUUCUCACAUUCCCUUCAAAGCUCUCUCUUGCCUCCUGCAUCUCUUACCAGAUCCCACUCGUUUAACAGAGCAGUGGAUCUGACAAGGCCUUACCAAAAUCAACACCUGGCUCUUAGACCAUCCCAGAGGUCGAAUCUCCUGUCAAGAAGUGCGCGCCAGUUAGACGCGCCCAACGGGAAUGAACCUCUGAGGUACGAAUUGCCUAGGUCGUUGGCUGCUCUAGCACCUUCCCAUGUCAAGAAACAGUCCCUCUUCAACGGUUCGGGGGACGCCUCUCCCCUGAGAUUCAGAUCAGGCCGCCCUUCAUUGCUGAAGCCCGUGAGCCAGCCUUUGGGUAGAAAGAUCCCCGUGGAUGGCAGCGCCAGGAAAGACCCCGCAAAUAGUCUAAUGGAAGAUCUGGAAGAUUCCGCGGACGCUGAAAGAGAUGCCGAUGCAAAAGAAACUCAGAGCAACGAUUUUGUAGAGAGCAGCUAUAAAAUGUGCAUGGAUGGCGACGUGGAUGAAAUAUCAAUAUCUUCCCUGUCCUCUUCGGAGAAAAAUGACCUUAGUGAAGAUUUUAGCGAUGAUUUCAUAGAUCUGGAAGAUCCCGGCCGAACCAUGCUAAUUGGAGAAGAGAAAGUUCCUGCUGAAAAGCUGGAAGGUAGAAACGGAAUACCACCACAAUUGCUAUCUUUUCAGGAAAACGAGAAGUCGAACUGCAACAACGAGGAAUGGCUGCAUAUACAUAUGUCAGAUGACAAGAGUGAAAGUACCAAACAUCCCAUUGGGAACAAUGAAAUUUCUUUGGAAAUGGAUUACAGAGUUGGUUCCUCUUUUGAGCUUUCCCCGUCUGACAGCUCGGAUGGGACCUACAUGUGGGACGAAGAAGGGCUGGAGCCCAUUGGAAGCGUCCAUCCAUGCGGCAGUUUUGAUUCCUCAGAAAUGAACAGCAUCGUACCUCAGGAGCAAGAGUGA